UUUGCGUCAGCCUCUCUUGAAUGGAUUGCUGUGGGUGAGGAGGCGGGGCGCGGCCGACUGGGCCCCCAAGACGCGGCUCCGCUUCGCCGAGGGCGCGCUUGACUGACAGGCGGCGGCGGCGCGAUUACGACGGCAGGUUCCUUGCCAGAGGCCUCCGUUUAACUCCAGAUCAAUGCCAUCAACUGUCAGCUAAGAAUGUGAAUGUGGGCUGCUUCCUGGGGGAGCCACUUUAUCCAGAGGUAGGCCCACAGCCUCCUCCCCUCAGGUGAGCCCAGGCCAGAAUGGGGGACUCCAGGGACCUGUGCCCUCACCUUGACUCAAUAGGGGAGGUGACCAAAGAGGAUUUGCUGCUCAAAUCUAAGGGAACCUGUCAGUCCUGUGGUGUUGCUGGACCGAACCUGUGGGCCUGUCUCCAGGUUGCCUGCCCCUAUGUUGGCUGCGGAGAAUCCUUUGAUGACCACAGCACCAUCCAUGCACAGGUAAAAAAGCACAACCUGACAGUGAAUCUGACCACGUUCCGGGUAUGGUGUUAUGCCUGUGCGAAGGAGGUGUUCCUGGAGCAGCGGCUGGCGGCCCCCGCACCAGGCCCGUCACCUAAGUUCUCAGAGCAGGACUCUUCAUCACCCUCUCACCCUCUGAAAGCUGUCCCUAUCGCUGUGGCUGAUGAAGGAGAGUCUGAGUCAGAGGACGAUGACCUGAAACCUCGAGGUCUCACAGGCAUGAAGAACCUCGGAAACUCCUGCUACAUGAAUGCUGCCCUGCAGGCCCUAUCCAACUGCCCUCCGCUGACCCAGUUCUUCUUGGAGUGUGGCGGCCUAGUGCGCACAGACAAGAAGCCAGCCCUGUGCAAAAGUUACCAGAAGUUGGUCUCUGAGGUCUGGCACAAGAAACGCCCAAGCUACGUGGUUCCCACCAGCCUGUCUCACGGGAUCAAGUUGGUCAACCCAAUGUUCCGAGGUUAUGCCCAGCAGGACACCCAGGAGUUCCUGCGGUGCCUGAUGGACCAGCUGCAUGAGGAGCUCAAGGAACCAGAGGUGGCAGUGGCGACGGCGGCAGCAGUGACAGAGGCUCGGGACUCCGACUCAAGUGACACAGAGGAGAAGCGGGAGGGCGACCGGAGCCCGUCAGAGGAUGAGUUCCUGUCCUGUGACUCAAGCAGUGACCGGGGUGAGGGUGACGGGCAGGGUCGUGGCGGGGGCGGCUCGCAGGCUGAGACAGAGCUGCUGAUCCCAGACGAGGCGGGCCGCGCCAUAUCCGAGAAGGAGCGGAUGAAGGACCGCAAGUUCUCCUGGGGCCAGCAGCGCACAAACUCUGAGCAAGUGGACGAGGAUGCUGAUGUGGACACCGCUCUGGCUGCCCUUGACGACCAGCACGUGGAGACUCUGCCACCAUCGCCAUGUUCCGCCAGCCCCUGCCGGACGCCAGAGCCGGACAAUGAUGCCCACAUGCGCAGCUCCUCUCGCCCCUGCAGCCCCAUCCACAAGCUGUCCAGCACCCCUCCUCGUGCAAGUCCUGUGAGAAUGGGGCCAUCGUACGUGCUCAAGAAAGCCCAGGUCCUGACCACUGGCAGCCGAAGGCGAAAGGAGCAGCGCUACCGCAGUGUCAUCUCUGACAUCUUCGACGGCUCCAUCCUCAGCCUCGUGCAGUGUCUCACCUGUGACCGGGUGUCCACCACAGUGGAGACAUUCCAGGACCUUUCACUGCCCAUUCCUGGCAAGGAGGACCUGGCCAAGCUCCACUCGGCCAUCUACCAGAAUGUGCCGGCCAAGCCAGGCACCUGCGGGGAUAGCUAUGCCUCCCAGGGUUGGCUUGCCUUCAUCGUGGAAUAUAUCCGACGGUUCGUGGUAUCCUGUACCCCUAGCUGGUUUUGGGGGCCUGUUGUCACGCUAGAGGACUGCCUUGCUGCCUUUUUUGCUGCCGAUGAGCUGAAGGGUGACAACAUGUACAGCUGCGAGCGAUGUAAGAAGUUGCGGAAUGGAGUGAAGUACUGUAAAGUGCUCCGGCUGCCCGAGAUCCUAUGCAUUCACCUGAAGCGCUUUCGGCAUGAGGUGAUGUACUCGUUCAAAAUCAACAGCCACGUCUCCUUCCCCCUGGAGGGCCUCGACCUGCGCCCCUUCCUUGCCAAGGAGUGCAUGUCCCAGAUCACCACCUACGACCUCCUGUCAGUCAUCUGCCACCACGGCACAGCAGGCAGUGGGCACUACAUCGCCUACUGUCAAAACGUCAUCAAUGGGCAGUGGUAUGAGUUUGAUGACCAGUAUGUCACCGAGGUCCAUGAGACGGUGGUGCAGAACGCCGAGGCCUAUGUCCUCUUCUACAGGAAGAGCAGUGAGGAGGCCGUGAGGGAGCGACAGCAGGUGGUGUCACUGGCCGCCAUGCGGGAACCCAGCCUGCUGCGGUUCUACGUGUCCCGAGAAUGGCUCAACAAGUUCAACACCUUCGCUGAGCCGGGGCCCAUCACCAACCAUACCUUCCUCUGCUCCCAUGGAGGCAUCCCACCCAAUAAAUACCACUACAUUGACGACCUGGUGGUGAUCCUGCCCCAGAACGUCUGGGAGCACCUCUACAACAGGUUUGGGGGUGGCCCCACCGUGAACCAUCUGUACGUGUGCUCCAUCUGCCAGGUGGAGAUUGAGGCUCUGGCCAAGCGCAGGAGGAUCGAGAUCGACACUUUCAUCAAGCUGAACAAGGCCUUCCAGGCAGAGGAGUCACCCAGCGUCAUCUACUGCAUCAGCAUGCAGUGGUUCCGCGAGUGGGAGGCCUUUGUCAAGGGGAAGGACAAUGAGCCCCCUGGGCCCAUUGACAAUAGCAGGAUCGCGCAGAUCAAAGGAAGUGGCCACAUCCAGCUGAAGCAGGGAGCUGACUAUGGGCAGAUUUCUGAGGAGACCUGGAACUACCUGAACACCUUGUAUGGAGGUGGCCCCGAGAUUGCCAUCCGGCAGAGUGUGGCCCAGCUUCCGGACCCCGAGAGCUUACAUGGGGAGCAAAAGAUCGAAGCUGAGACCCGGGCCGUGUGACUUGGUGGGCCAGUCUUUGAGUCUUCCUGGCUGGGUUCCUCCAGGGGACUCUCGGGUCCCCUUAUCCCUCUCCAGAGACCCUCUUGUGUCCCUAUGAGUGUCAAAAGAGCACGUCCUUGAACAUACCUCCCAGGAGGCCGCUCCAAAGAGCCCUAUGUGGGCUCUGGCUCUGCUGAGCAAACUGAGUGUUCCCAUAGGCCCCUGCGUUUGCCCCCCUCCCUGCGGGGGUGGGGCUGUUGAUGCCCCAGAAGAGAGGCUGCUGCUUUGGAAGAGGCAGAAAGGUUGUUUUGGUUCACAGUGAGUAAUGCUGUAACUAGGAAAUAUAUUAACUUCAGGCUUGUUUAUACGACCAAGACUCUGUGACAUUAUUUUGGGUCUUUGUCCUGGCUGUGAACAGGUGAGUUACUCUUAUUGUGUCCCCCAAACCUGCCCUCUCGCUUGCUUGGGCUGGACUUUUGUCCCUGGAGCCCUGGGCCCAUGGUCACCUGGGCUUGGGGCCUGAUGCUGCCCCAUGUCAGUCACAGGCUGCUUCCCGGGGAUUUUCCUCUGUGCACCAUGUAAGCCACCCGAACGACUCGCAAGGUAGAGGUGGAAGUGGAUGAGCGGAGUGGGGACCUCGCCGCGAGGGUGCUCACGCUUGUCACCAGAGCUCGCUCUAACCUGGCAGUCCCACUUCACCCUCCCCCACCCCAUCUCUCGGGUGUAACCAGAAAGGCUCCUGAAGCCCUGGGCUCCUCUCAGACUCUGGCCUCAUGACUGGGACACGAGGAGAGGGUUGGAUUUCUGACAAUAGGUGACAUUUCUGGAGGCAGCUGGUCCCCUUCACCUGCCCUGCUGAGUGUGUCCCGGGGACUUGGCUGUGAUUCGCCUCACAGCUCAGCGGUUCAUCAUUACGGGACAUUUGCUGCACCGCCACCAGGGAGCAGGAUGAAGAAACAGAAAUACCUCACGUUGCUGUCAUUUGCUGGUAGUGCAGCUUCCCUGGGGGCUGACGCUAGAGAAAACACUUUCCCCUUCUCCCCUACACUGCUGCCCUGUACAGACCUCACCCCAGGGGGGUUGUGGCACCAGGGGCAGCUCUCAAUGUAGGUCUCUAGAAGUGUCUCUUCUGGAUGCUGAGCAAGGCCACAGCUGGGUGCUGGGACCAGCCGAGCACACCGAGAACUCAGAGUCUUGUUUCUGGCGGCACUAAAGCUUUCGGAUGCAACAGCUGGGGGAGGUGCUCACCUCGUAAGGGUCAGAGGAAACGGGGGAUGGGGAAGGGGUUGUGGGACCAAACCCCCAAACUAUUGUGGCCUUCAGUCUCCGCAGAAGCAGAUGUCAGUGGAAAUUCAAGCAGGCAGUUCUAGCCAGGGCCCCUGCCGCCUUUUGCAACAUGUCAGCCGCUCGCUUCUGUUACAUCGUUUUACCUGGAGCCUGUUCCUUCCCCGCUGAGGCAGCACG